AUGGCUACCACACCAGACAAGGAAUCGGAUGUCCGAAAAGCCUAUGGCGCAAUCGACAGUAAUGGCGAUGCGAGGAGGAACAGUCUUGUUGACGCGGCGGAAGACGAGGCGAUUAUCCCCAAAGGCGCACUCGAUCCCGUCUACGAAGCAAAAGCACGCAUUCUAAACCGUGCUCUGAGUGAUAUAGGAAUGGGAAGAUACCAAUGGGAAUUAUUUGUGGUUAUCGGUUUCGGGUGGGCGAGCGAUAAUCUCUGGCCAAUUGUUACCUCUCUCAUAUUGACGCCCGUGGCGAAUGAGUUUGGUGUAAGCAACCCUCCUUUUCUUCCUCUUGCGCAAAACAUUGGUCUAUUGGCCGGUGCCAUGUUUUGGGGCUUUGGCUGUGAUGUGUUUGGCCGAAAAUGGGCUUUCAACAUCACCCUAGGCUUAACGGCGAUCUGGGGUCUGAUAUCAGCCAGCGCUCCCAACUUCGCUGCCAUCGCCAUCUUUGACGCUCUCUGGUCUUUUGGAGUAGGAGGAAAUCUUCCCGUUGAUUCGGCCAUCUUCCUCGAGUUCCUGCCGGCGUCGCAUCAAUAUCUUCUGACUAUUCUUUCGAUCGACUGGGCCAUCGCCCAAGUAAUCGGCACCUUGAUCGCAUGGCCACUACUAGGAAACUACACAUGCCAGCAAGACACAGUAUGCCGACGCAGCGAUAACAUGGGAUGGCGUUACUUCACAAUCACUAUUGGUGGUUUGACUCUUCUCAUGUUUCUUGCCCGUUUUAUACUAUUCAAAAUUUACGAGUCGCCAAAGUACCUCAUGAGCAAGGGAAGAGACGAGGAAGCAGUCAAAGUUGUACACACCGUCGCUAAAAAGAACGGAAAGACGUCUACUCUCACUGUCGAAGACCUUAAAGCUUGUGAACCGGAAGGAUAUGUCGCCCAGACUGAUGCAAGCGCAGCUUUGAAACGAUACCUCGAAAAGGUUGAUAUGUCUCACAUCAAGGCUCUUUUCGUAACAAAGAAACUAGGUCUCAGCACUGGACUUAUUAUGGCCGUGUGGGCUCUCAUUGGUCUUGGAUAUCCUCUUUAUAACGCCUUUAUCCCGUACAUCCAAGCAACCAAGGGUGCUGAUUUUGGCGAUGGAAGUACAUACAUCACUUACCGAAAUAGUCUCAUCAUUGCUGUUCUUGGUGUACCAGGUGCUUUGCUGGGAGGAUGGCUUGUCGAAUUGCCUAGACUGGGACGAAAAGGUACACUGUCCGCUAGCACUAUUCUUACUGGUGUAUUUCUCUACUGUUCGACAACUGCCACGACUAGCGGUGCUUUACUCGGCUGGCAGUGCGCUUUCAACUUUUUCAGCAACAUCAUGUACGCUGUUCUCUACUCUUUCACGCCCGAACUGUUCCCUACGCCUCAUCGUGGAACGGGCAACGCCUUGUGUGCGUCUUGCAACCGAAUCUUUGGUAUCAUGGCUCCUAUCAUUGCAAUCUUUGCGAAUCUGAAGACAUCUGCUCCCGUAUAUACUAGUGGUGCGCUCUUUAUUGGGGCUGGACUCCUUGUAUUAUUGAUGCCGUUCGAAUCGAGAGGCAAAGCUGCUCUUUGA